GAUGCUGGCUGGGCUGAGGGACAACCCCCCCAACCUCCCCAGUGCACGAAUUAUGUACAUUGGGCCUCUAGUCAAUAAAAUGUUGAUUGGGAACCAACUUAGACUGGGGAAAUAUGUCAAUUGUCCAGAACAUGAGAGGGGAUGCUGGCCUGGCUAACUGCAGAUAAACUAUAUAUAUGCACCCAUAGGGGGCCGUGGAGGCUUUUACCGGCAAAUCUUUUUGGGAAAGGAGUUGCUCCUUUUCUUCCUUAAGACUUUGCUCAUCAGAGUUCACUUUCUCUUUUCAUCUUCAAGACCUGUGAUGUUUUCUGAAGAGGAGUGGAGGUUGAGUUUCAGAAACCCAGUCCAAGGACAGAGGUUCACUUAUCUACAAUUUAUUAAUGAAUACAGGUGUUUGGAAACUUAAUUACUCAACAUUUGCUUGUUUAGUUGCAGUCUAAGGUGCUGGAUGCUUCUGGCUACUUCGUAGGUGCCUUACUUAAUGGCUUAUGGCCCAUUGAUAUGGUGAAAUAGAAUUUAUAAUAAUUCCUACGUAUGCUAACUUAAUACUUGUAAAAUAUACCCUUUCUUUGUUUAUAAAAAAAAAAAAAAAAAAAAAAAAAAAAAAGACCCUGGCAAGUCUAGUAUGCUUCAAAAGGAUUAUAACAUUUUUAGAAACGCUAGUCCUUAAUUAAAGCUGUGGAGAAAUUUGAACUGAAGGUAUUAACCAGUAUAUGACAAAUGCAGACACUUAAAUUGUUCUGCUAGCUGACAGUUUUGACUGAAACUUUUUCAAUUUAGUUUAAACAAUUCUGAAUGGAGGGAAAUCAUUUCAUGAUCAAAUAAUCUUUUACUUGUCAUUGUUGGCCAACCAACAAUUUUAUUUGAACUUCUUUCUCCUAAGAAGUUCAAAUAAAAUUUGAGGUAACAAUUUAGUUGAUCGAACACGGAAUUUGAAACCUAAGUUCCAGACUGUUUUGAUUUGUGAUGUAUCUGUUUGAAUUUGAGCUUAUCAUUAAUCUUACUAGGUCUCAAUUUGUUAAAUCUGUUAAAUAGGAAUAAGACUGCCUUUACCCCAGGCGUGGACAGAUUCUAAAUAAUAAACCACCUGAGGGCCACGCGGCUCGCUCCGCCCCUCUGAUCGGUGCCCAUGGCUUCGGCCUCCUCCGUGGCCGGGUCGGGCCGCGGCGCCCGGAACCUGCUGCAGUUCCUGCGGCUCGUGGGGCAGCUCAAGAGAGUCCCACGGACUGGCUGGGUGUACAGAAAUGUCGAGAAGCCAGAGAGCGUGUCGGAUCACAUGUACAGGAUGGCAGUUAUGGUUCUGGUGACCAAGGAUGAUCAUCUGAACAAAGACAGAUGUGUACGCCUAGCCCUGGUUCACGAUAAGGCAGAAUGCAUCGUUGGGGACAUAGCACCAGCAGAUAACAUCCCCAAAGAAGAAAAACAUAGGCGAGAAGGGGAAGCUAUGAAGCAACUAACCCAGCUUCUCCCCAAGGAUCUCGGAAAGGAGCUCUAUGAACUCCGGGAAGAGUAUGAGACCCAAGCUAGCGCGGAGGCCAAAUUUGCGAAGCAGCUGGACCAAUGUGAGAUGAUUCUUCAGGCUUCUGAGCACGAAGACCUGGAGAACACGCCGGGGAGGCUGAAGGACUUCUAUGACUCCACGGCAGCACUAGGUCUGCUCUAGGCCUGGCCUCCUUAUUUCUGUAUUGGGGUGUUAUAACCGCCUAACUGGGCCGGCUAGACUCGCCAUUCAUCCUGAGGGUUUGCUUUUAAACCUGUGGCUUUCCUUUUCCUGAAAA